ACGAGCUAUUUCCCCACGAGAAGUAUCGCAUAGCACCAGAUGUCUCCCAAAACUAUGCCUCGUUCUAUGUAUCCCCGAGAUUAAAGUUCGAAACCUAUUUCCCCACCAAUAUUGGUUUUCUCACGGUUUCUGUAAACCUAAUAUAGAACCCGGGUUGUCUUGUAAUAAAGCGAACAAAACUAAACCAAAACGACAUAAAACCCAACCAAACGAACUUAACCCGACCCGACAUUGCUUACCCAACUUAAAUACACCCGAGAAAACAGAAUACCCAAAUCGAUUUUAAUCAAGAACCCUAAAAUUGUUUCUCUAGAUUGAAGCUGCAGAGAAGAAAAUGUCAGGGGCUUCGUCGAAUAGCUCAGGAGCAUCGACGGGAGGAAACGCUUAUCGUCGUCGGGGUGGAGUGGUCAUGGGAAUUCCGAAGAAGUGUUGGUGUGGUGAUGAAACUGUUCCUCUCAUGUCCAAAUCUGACAAAAAUUCGUACCGAAGGUACUACCGUUGUGCUACUGCUGCAAGAAAGAAGCUUGAGAAUGAUAAUCACAUCUUCAAGUGGAUUGAUGAGGCACUGAUAAAUGAGGUUGAAACUCUUGAAUUCAAAACCGCAAGACUCGAGCAAGAGUUGAGAGAGAUACAAACGAAGGUGGAGAAGGAGUUAUGUGAUAAGGUAGAAGCGUUGUUAGCUGAAGGCAAAGGCAACAUGAAGAGAAUGAUGAUAGUAGGUAUUGUUGGAUGUGUGGGUGUGCUAGGAAUCAUGGAGUUAUGCAUAAGAAAAUGGUGAAUGUGAUGAGAAGAAAAUGAUCGAGGUUGUUGGUUUUUAGUGCUAAGUAAUAUGUUCAAGUGGUUAGAUUAUUGCUUUUGGUCGAUCUUGUAUGAACAAAAUGGUUGAACUUGUUGUGUUUCAUUGGUAUCCAAUGUUAUCCUAACCUUUUAUGAUCGUUGUGUUUUGUUGUCAUAUUCAUUGAAAAGAGACAAAGAUAACAUAAACAAACACAAGUUGGCCACUUUAAAAUGUUAAAUAACAUUGGUUUGAACAAAAGAAAGUGUUAAACAAACACAAUUUGACCACCAUCCAAGCCGACAAAAGAGUUUAAAAACACAUGCUAGACAAGUUCAAACCACAAAGGACAAGACACAAGACACCACAAAAGUUAAGUCACAUGACAACACAAAAGCUGAGACAUAAAAAACACACCAGCCGAGUCAGAAAACACUACCAAAACACCAUCUCAACUCGAGACCAUCAACACAUAUCUUCAUACCCAUGAAUGAUUUGAGCACCAGCUGGAGAAGCAACCUGAGAAGAACUUUGAGAAGCAGCUGGAGAAGCAACCUGAGAAGAACCUUGAGAAGCAACUUGAGUAGGAGCACCUUGAGAAGUCUGCGAGUUAAAGAAGGUUAUUAGUGAAUCAAUCUUUGAGAAGCAACUUGAGUAGGAGUAAAACAAACCUUAUUUUUCGUAUGGAAUCUCGAAUUGUGAUCAGGUUGGCCACAUAUUCCACAAUGCAUAAUCCGUUUUUUAUGUUUCGGUUGCUUCUUGGUUGGAGACUCGUUCACACCUUUCUUCCUUUUUUUGUCGGCCUUAGUGACCUUCUUCCUCCCCGGUUGGUCUGGCUCAGGUGGAAUAUGAUUGUCUGGAGCCCCUGUUGCUGGCCAAAACGGAGCACCUCUAACCGGCACAAGGCCUUCUACAUAGUUUCUUCUCCACAUCGCUGUUCUGAACCACUGACAAACGAAAUCCUCAGGCUUAAGCUUCUUAUGAAGAAUGACUCCAUAUGCAUGCUCACAGGGAAUACCACAUAUCUCAAAUUUCUUGCACGAGCAGGUGAAAUUAUCCAAGCUGACCCGGUAAGUGCAUGAACUUAACUUAACUUCAUACAUUCCGUUGGUGCUUCUUGUAACUUUGCAAAGCGAAGCAUCCUUCUUCUCUUCCUUAAGAAAGUCUGUCACAUAAGGUGUACAAGUCCCUGAAAAUACAAACAAAACAUCAUCACAAAGUCUGUUAAAUAGCCGAUUUUUUCACUAGAAAACACAAACAUAAUAACUUCAUACCUUUGUGAGAAUGAGAGAUAGCAGAUCGCUUUGCAAUGCGAGCCAUGGCAAGUCUUCUUAUACUCUCUAGCAUAGGCACAAAUGGCAUAUCUCUUGCCUUCGUAAUAGUGUUGUUGAAAGACUCCGUCGAGUUAUUUUCAACAUCUUCACAAUACGGCCCCAACCUGUAGAAUGCUCUGCACCAUGACUUUGGAUUUGUCUUCUGAACAUCAUCGUAUACACCAACAUCGUAAUUAAAAAUCCUAUCAAGAUUUUGCUGAUACUCUGCUUCGUUGUAACUCCAAGCUAACCUCCAUAUGUAAGGCUUCAUGUCGCUUUUACUCCCAUGCUUUUUCUUCAGAUUUCCAUAGAUAUGUCUCACGCACAUCCUAUGCUCUAUUUUAGGAAGCUCCUGUUGGACAGCACUAAUCAGUCCCUGCAUCAAAUCAAAACCGAGAAUCAGUCAUGUUAACUGAAACAAACCCGAGAAUCAAACAUGUUAACUAAAAUAAAAUCCUAGAAUCAAGCAUAUUUACCUUUUGACAAUCAGAGAUUAGAAUAAAUCCCUCGCCAUCA